UAGCUGCACUGGCUGAAUUGGUCAUUAAAACGCCGCUAGUGACAGAAUGUAGGUGAAAUCCACAUAAAGCGGGGAUGGCCCUUUAAGGAUAGAGAGGCGGGUAGGCGGGGUGGUCUGCCUGGCCAAUGGGAAGCUUGGGUUCCAUGAAUGUUUAGACCAAUCAGAGAGCGGAAUGUCACAGAGGCUCCGCCCUUCUCCUGCUGCUUCCUGGAAAUUUUGGACACUGUCUUUCGGACCGUUUUAUUUAUUGACAUUACAACAAACUGCUGUGUAGGAAAUUCUCCUCAUGUUAAUGAUGUUCAGUGAGACCUGAUUGGGAUUUAAUUUGAUUAAUUGGGAUUUAAUUUGAUUAAUUAAAUCAAUGCUUAAAAAGAUUGGAGUGCAGAUUACCAGGUCAUCCAAUAGAUUUAAAAUUAAGGUUUAGCACUUGGCCAAAUAUUGUUUUUAUUCUAUUGAGUGUAAUUUUAUUUUCUUAAUUGUGUGUCUUGUCCAAUUGUGAGUUUUAUGGUUUAUGUUACUAAAGCUUUAACUUCAUUGAACAUCAUCGUGCUCCAACAGCUGAACCUUUUGGCCCAUAUCUAAAACAUUGGACCUUCUCUACUGAGUUACAAGUGGGUGGAGGAUGUUGGUGUCCUUCUGAUGCCUGAUUAAACCUCAAACCACUGAGCAUUUCUACUGGUGCUUUAGUUAAAAUGGUAACCAGUUUAACCAGUGCUCGAGCUGAUUUGGGUCAGAUUCAUGUUUUAGUUGCUCUGGAGGAUGUUGUUUAUUAAACCACUGGUAUUCCUCUGACUGCUGUUUUAAUUUGCUUGGUUAUCAGGUUAACCUGGUAGCUGAACAGCAGUAGAACUGGUGUUGUAGUGAUUCCAGUCAUCAGUUUAUCUGCUGCUGCUGCUGCUGCCAGGGUUCAGCAGGGCUGUCUGCGCUGAUGCCUGAUUGAAACAGUGCUGUUUGUUCCUGUUGAUGUUCGCUGCUCUCAGAUCGUGGCUCCCUGCUGUGAUACACAUGCUGCUCAGAUCAGGGGGGUUGAAGGCAACCCACCAUCACUACACAUUUUUAAAAAAACCUGAGAACCAGGAUGGGAAACACCACUGCUGUCCCCACUGUGGGAAGGUCUUCAGCAGAGCCUGUGGCCUGUGGAGACACCAGAAGAUCCACAGAGGAGAGAAGCCGUACGGCUGUGGCGAGUGUGGGAAGACGUUCGGCCAGGCGGCCCACCUGAAGCGACACCAGAACAUCCACAGCGCGGAGCAGAGCUUCCUCUGCCCGCAAUGUGGGAACACCUUCACCCAGAAGGAAACCCUGAAGCUGCACCUGGAGCGCGUCCACAGCCGCCUGCAGCCCUACAGCUGUCAGGACUGUGGGAAACGUUUCUCCAAGCGCAGCAACCUCAAGGUCCACCAGCUGCUGCACAGCGGAGAAAAGCCGCACGCGUGUGAGGCCUGUGGGAAAACGUUCAGGGACCGCAGCCACCUGAGGAACCACCGGGUCACCCACAGCGGGGAGAAACCCUUCUGGUGCGAGGAGUGUGGGAAGAUGUUCACCCGGCCCGGUUCCCUGAGGAGACACCAGAGGAGCCACACCAGGGAGAGACCGUACUGCUGCGACUUCCUGGUCAAUGUGAAGCAUGAAUGUUCUGCAGAUGAAAUGUUCUGUUCAGACCCAAAGAUGACAUCAUCCUGAACCAAAAUAAACAUUUUAAAUCUG